AUGGCCUCUGCACACUGCUCACCACCAAUUGCGCGCCAAAAAAACAAAAACACCAACGAGCCAUUGAUCGUGGCAUCCGUGGCGGGUGCAUUUUACCCGUGUGGUGUGGUGGUUGCUCGACAUGGAGUCAUCGCUGCAGCCAGGCAGGACUAG